AUGAACGAAACAAUAUCCCAUUUUCACAUACGACCCGUCAUAACGGAUUUGUACCAAUCAAAGGAUUUACUGGACUUAUCAGGACCAUCAACACCACCUCAACCUUCGACUGCCUCACCAUCUGCAUCAACAUCAACCGCUUCACCUUCCUUAUUCUCCUCAGCGACAUCGAUAGCCUCAGCUGCAACCAGAAGAGCCGCAGCUGCAAGUGCGAAUAUCAGCUCCCCGUCCUCCUCGUCAUCCAAUAAAGAGAUAAGAUGCGUAGAAGGAUAUGGCCAGAAUCUGUAUAUCGGAAAUUCAGAUGGGACUGUUGAGUGGUGGACUUGUGAGGCCGCUUCGGCUGGGAACGGUAUGAACGGAUGGAUCAUGAAAUUUCGUCAUACUUUGUUCCCGAGAAGACCGGUCAGUAAGAUUUAUGUCUUGCCUAAAAUACUAAAAAUAUUGAUAAUAUCAGAUGGUACACUACACACUUUGGCACUACCGAAUCUUGAACCGUUACCUUCAUCUCAUGUACCGCCGUUAAGAGGUGUAGUAUCUGUCAUUUUGAAUGAUGAAGAAUUAGAUUGGGGUGGACCUGGAUCAGAAGAUCCAAAUUACCAAAUGACGGUUGUGGUAGUACGAAGAAAAGGUCUAGGUGUUUAUAAGCUUGGUAACAGGAUGAACAGUAUCAAGGAAAUACCAUUACCUUCUUCACCAACACAUCAUGCCUUAUUUUCAUCUUAUCUAUGCACAUCCAUCCCUUCAGUCCCUGUAUCACCUGAAGAAUCAUCCCAAAAUCUGUACAGUAUAAUAGAUUUAUCAGACGCAUCUUUAACUGAAGUUUUACCUGUGUCACAAAUCGAUCCAGCAGUAUCUGAAUUUGAAGCAAAUCCAAAUAUAGUUGUAAUACCUGGAGAGAAUGAAUUCUUAGUUACGAGCUAUACAGGUUCGACGACAAUGGGGGUUUUCCUAAAUAAUCAAGGUGAUCCAGUUAGAGGAACGAUGGAAUGGUCAAGUCAUCCUUUAUCUAUUGCUAUCGAAUCAGGUUACAUAAUAGCUUUAUUACGAGAUCAAAGUGUAGUAAUACAUUCUUUGAACGAUCUCGAAAAACCUAUACAAACAAUCAAGCUUGAAUCAACGUUAGAUGCAUUCGGAAUAACCUAUUCACCGUAUGGUGUAUCUGUUCGAGAUUUGAUUAGAGAUGAACGAAUGACCCCUUAUCGACUAAAACUACUGGGAGGAACGUCAUCAACUGUCUCAAAAGAUGUAGUCGCUCAACAAGCUUCACUUGAUGAGGGAGUCGUAGAAUCCAAUGAUCACGCAGAACCACUAUCGCCUGAUGUGACUUCACCUAUAAACGAAGAUCCGCCUUCUGGAUCAGGAUUAACACCCCCUUCUUCACCAAUUCCACUCAUCAAAGCACCUAUCACACCUCAACGUAACGCUUCUUUACAAACGUCAGCUGCAAGCUCGAAUACGAAUAGGGGUCCAUUUUCAACUGCCAUAGCGGAAACGAUGAUCAUUUCACCUCAUUCGAUUUUAUCGCUAAUUCCAACGUCGAUCAUAAUGAAGUUAGAAGGAUUCUAUACGGAACGGCAAUUCGAUCAAGCCAUCACAUUAGUAGAUGAAGAAAGAAGAAAAGGUAGAAGAGGUGAGAUAGAUGUUGAUAAAUCAACUCAUCACCAAACUAUGAAAUACUUGAAUCUCUAUUUGGCCACUUCAUUAUUUGAAGAAACUUUGUUCGAUAAAUCGUUGGACUAUCUUAUAAAAGCGAAAAUAGAUCCUAGAUUGAUAGUGAGAUCUUUCAGUGAUCUUAGAGGUAAAUUGAUUGGAAGUGAAGAAACUAUAGAUGUAUUUAAAGGCGUCAAAGAUAUCUUGGAAAGAAUCAAUUCUGUUGAAGAUAUUAUUUCGAGAAGUAUAAGAAGAAACUAUUCGCCGCAUGUCCAACCUAAUUCAGCUACAUCUCCUGAAACGAGCGUGUUACGGAAAGCAAUGUUAGAAGAGGCUAAAGACAUGUUAACGGAAUACUUGAGGAGAACAAGAGUCUCAAGGAGGAAGGGUGGCGGUUCAAGGGGUGUCGAUAGUAGGAAGAUUGAUAUCGUUAUCGAUACUACCUUGGCUAAGCUAUUAGCAGAAAAAGGGACUACCAAUGAACUUCUUGCUCUACUGGCAGCUCCAAACGAUUGCGUCCUCACUGAAUUGGAACCAUUCUUGGCUCAAACGCCAUAUGUCUUGGCCACUGUUAUGAGAACGCAAGGCAGAGUGGACAGGGUUUUGGAAUUGCUGAAAGAAAUAGCAGAAUCAGAUACUCCCGAUCCAAUAUGUGAAGAUCCAGUUGAAGAAUUAGCACAACAAUUGGAAUCCAUCAAAGAACCUGAAUUAUUCUUGAACUAUGCACUAUGGCUAAUCAAGAAGAAACCUUCUAGGGGAUUAUCAAUUCUGAAGUCUCAAAAUACCAAGACAGGAAUCAAAUUAGAUGAUUUGUCACUGGUAGAGAAACUGAAAGAGAUAAAUCUUGAGACCUCGAAUAAAUACCUAGAACAUGUCGUGGUCAAUAAACGAUCGCCUGAUAGAUCUUUACAUGAACAAUUACUAAAAGUGUUACUGGAUCAAGCUGAAGAGUUGUGUCAAGAUGAAGGUGUCAAAUAUCAUCUAGAAGAGUUAGACGCCGAAUAUCGACUGGAACAAUCACCAAGACCAUUCAUCAUUUUCUUGGCUGAUGUAGCACCUGAAACACCUAUCAAAACGAAUAGACUAAAAAUGAUGUUAUUCCUCCAAGGAAGUCCUUUCUACGAUCUGGAAAAUGCUUCCAAGAGAUUGGAAGAGAUCAAAGAAUUGAGAUUUGAAUUGGCUGUUGUAUAUGGACGGCUCGGAAAACAUCGAUUAUCACUGUCACUGUUAGCUCUAACAAUAGGAGACUCAAUUUCAGCUCAGACCUAUUGUAAUACCAAAGGAGAGAUCAUACCUCCCAAAAUCGCUAAAUCAGUUUCGAAACAGAUCAAAGGCCUAGAUUCAUGGGCUAGUCUAGGUGAAGUUGGACGAAAGAAGAAAGAAGUCAAAGAAGGAGAAAUGAAAGGUUUGGUCAAAGAUCUUCUAGGUGUUUACAUGAGUGAUAGCAAAGGGACUUCUAGACAAGCUGCAGCAUUACUCAACGCUCAAUCCGUUCAUCUCGAUGUGUUGGAAGUACUAGGUCAAAUGCCAAAUGAUUGGCCAUUAGAUGAAGUCUCGUCAUUCCUGAAAAGAAGUAUAAGGAGAGGAUUACAUGAUAAGAGCACUUGGGGUGUCAUGAAAGCUAUCUCCGCAGGACAAAAUCUAGAGGUCUCCGAGGAUUAUUUAGACAGGAUACUUCAGAUCCCACCUAUAGUCCGAGAUGGUCCAGGGGAAACGCAUGAUGGUGGUGAAAAUGUGCAAAGUCACGGGAACCGAGACGAAAUAGUCAGUCCUGAUGAAGGCAGUAUACCUGAGAAAGAAUGGAAUACAUUUGAAGAGAAAGGUGCAGACAACCAAUUUGGUGAGAGCGACGUCGAGGAAGGGAAAGAGACCUAUGAAACGACCGAUCAAAGUGGGAAUGGAGACCAUGGACUUGGAAUAAAAGAGGGUUAUGUGGUUGAUGACCAAUCUGCAAAUAAUGAAGGUCUUGUGUAA